GUUAUUAAAUGUUGCGCCGAUUUUCGCAAUUUAGAAAAAUGCCUAUAAAAGCUGCACUUAUUGAUCUAAGCGGCACAUUGCAUGUGGAGGAUGAGCCAACCCCAAAUGCAAUAAGGGCACUGCAAAAUCUUCGCGAAAGCGGCAUAGCCGUUAAAUUUGUAACCAACACAACUAAGGAAUCCAAAAGCACUUUGCACAAUCGACUGACAAAGAUUGGUUUUAAUCUAAAUAUUGAAGAAAUUUAUAGUUCUUUAAGUGCUGCUGUAGCAUUUGUCAACGCAGAGAAGCUAAAUCCAUUUUAUUUGCUAACAGACGAUGCACGACAAGAUUUUCCAGCGGAGGAUAAGAGUCGACCAUUGGACUCGGUUGUGGUGGGUCUGGCGCCAAAUGCUUGUGAUUAUGAGCAUAUGAAUAAAGCUUUUAACAUAUUAUUGCAACAAAAGACACACAAGCUAGUGGCAGUGCAUCAAGGUAAAUACUACAAGCGCGCAGAUGGUCUAGCACUAGGUCCUGGCUGCUUUGUCAAGGGUCUGGAAUAUGCCACAGGCUGUGAGGCUACGGUCAUAGGUAAACCAAAUCCCUAUUUCUUUAACAGCGCAUUGCCUGCAACGCUGACUGCUGCGGAGUGUGUCAUGAUUGGUGAUGAUGCAAAUGAUGACAUAGCUGGUGCAAUGAAUGUCGGCAUGCACGGCGUGUUGGUGAAGACUGGAAAAUUCUUACCAGCUGCAUUGUCGGCCAUGACCACACCCCCAACAGUGGUGCUCGAUAAUUUUGCCGAGGAAGUCGAGUGGAUACUUUGCAAAAAGCCAUGUUAAGUAAAAGACAAUGUUUU